AGCGCGACUCGCCGAAACGAUUCAGUCUUCUCCAAACCACGCAACAAUAAAAGGCAAGACCGUGGGUAAACGACGACGGACGACGACGCGAGUACGUUCGUCCGUUUCACCUCCGCGGUGCUCCUCCGUUUCCGGUUUCACGGAUCUCGAUGAGUCCUUUGGCGAACCGGACUGGCGAACGAAACUAACUGCCGAGGAGCCUCAAGCGAAUCCGUGCGGAUUUUCUACAGCUACGAACGCAUCCUCUUCGGGUGAUCGUUUAGUAGCAGCAACAUGGAGCAAAACGGUAUCUCGAUAGUGUCUCCACCGAGUGUCACGGAAAAUUCAAACGGAAAGUCCAAGAGCAUCGGUAUCACCCUCCGAUCCAACAGUAUACAGUCGGCGAAGGAAAAAUUGAAGGCACCAUGGUUGAAAAAGCUGAUGGAAGUGGACACCACGGUGAUGGACAUGCUCCUGAUGAUUUUAGCGGAAGUAUUCGGAACGGCUAUCCUUAUAUUUGUUGGAUGCAUGGCGUGCGUGGGCAGUAUGGGGAUGGCUCCAACGCUUAUGCACAUAUCUCUUGCUUUUGGUAUCGCCGUCAUGAUCGCUAUACAAUGCGUUGGUCACAUCAGCGGUGCACAUAUUAAUCCAUCUAUCACAGUGGCUGCAGUGAUCCUUGGCAACAAGUCCCUCCCAUUGGCCGGACUUUACAUCAUUGCACAAUGUUUAGGUAGCCUGACAGGUUACGGAGUGCUAAAGGCCAUUACACCGCAAUACCUCCUGCAUGGCGGUAAUCUAACGGCGGCCGACUCCUUUUGCAUGACGGAUAUCAAUCAAAACCUGACGCCCAUUCACGGAAUCGCCGCCGAGAUGCUCGCCACGGGAAUACUCGUGUUCUUUGCUUGUGGAAUCUGGGAUUCACGGAACAAGCACGAUACCGACUCGGUGGCGAUCAAGUUCGGUCUGUGCGUCACCGUGCUGUGUCUUGCCUUUGUCCCUUACACCGGCUGCAGCCUAAAUCCUGCCAGAACAUUCGGACCGGCAGUCUGGAACGGAUACUGGACGCAUCAUUGGAUAUACUGGAUAGGACCAAUUGCAGGCGCGAUAAUCGCGGCCACGAUCUAUCGGUAUCUGUUCUCACCUAAGACGAAUCGGAGGGACACCACGCGUCACGCAGAAACCCUGAAUGGCAUGGAGACAUAGAUGAAAUCGCACGUACCUUUACACCGAACGAAAUUGCAUUGAGGUUGUCGUCGAAAUUCGCAAAUUGAACGAGAAAUCUUGGUAAUACUGAUAUUUUCCACGACCAAGAGGAAAAAAGAAUGUUGCGAAAGUUCUGGUGAGAAUCUCUCGUGUGAAGCGACGAAAAGAGAUCGGACUGGUUGAAAACUUUACCAGCUUUUACUUCCAACGUGCUCGGAAAUCAUCAUUCGAAUGUCCCGUAAGGAUCCCGGAGGAUGGCAACGUUGACGCGGCCUAACGUAGCAGAGGCCUGAUCAGUGCAGAUUGAUCCAACAUUUGACGUCAUUUUCAUAAAUAAAUUAGAUGUGAUAUCAAAUAAAAUACCGCGCGUAGAUAUACUAAUUUGUUGAGCAAUUUGUUGAUGUUAUACAUCGUACGCGUGUGCGAUGGCAGUUCGUGAGGUCAAAUUUGAAAUGGCUACCGCGAAAGAACGCAACAACGCGGCUGCUCUUCUCUCUCUUAGUUCUGCUGCGAUGAAAUUCGAAAUAACGGAAUUAGUCUCGCCUGGAAUUCAGGAAAUUACCUUCAUUGCCGCCGGUUGCAUCAAAGUUUUAAUUGUACUCGGUAUAUAUACAGGUGCCAAUACACAUGUCGCGUGCGCGAAUGCGAGUGUGAGUGCGAGAAUGCUAUACAAUUAGGUUUCGCGAUUUAAUGCACAUAUAAAUGUAAGAUGCGCCUUUCCCUCGUGUUUUCUCUCUCUCUUCCUUUCUCUGUGCGCAGAUUGCGAUAACUUAGAUUACGAUAAGAGUCAAAGAGCGCGCGCGAAACUGCGUUUAGUUUCGAUUUAGAAGUUUAUAAGAGCUGUUUGCACACCAAACUAAUGCAAAAGAAUAAGAUCAAAUUUCGAAUUAUUCCCGACUAUUGCAUGUACAUGAGUAAUUUAAAUUGUGCUAUUUGUACUGAGAGAGAGAUGAGGAAAUGUCUCCCGUCGAUUUUGAUGAGUUUGAAAUAUGUUGUAAUGUACGCAAAAAUACAAGUCCCUCUUUUUAUACCUACCCAUACUUUAAGGGCACUUUUAAGGGCUGAAAUACCUCUUUAAAAUAAUCAGUUUUUUUUUCUUUCGGAGUGUAUACACGUUACAACAUAUUUGUAAACUCAUCAAAAUUAGAGAAGGGAUACUUCCAUGGGUCUCUUUAUUGUCAUUGUUUUUUUCUUCAUGCAAAUAUUUAUGUCCUAUUAUAAUUGCAAUAUUUGAGAAAUAUUUAAAUUAAAGAAAUACAGAGAGAGAAAGAGAAAAUGGUACUUUAACACUUCUAAAAAGUAGGUUUUUUUAGUAAUACUUCUUCAGUUUUAUAGUUUACGUAGCUUGUAUAACUUGUAUAGAUUGUGUAACGUGUCGCACUGCGUUACUUGUAAUGAAAACUGUUUAAAGAUAGUAUUAAAUGUCCCGUGAUAUGAACAUUUAUAGCAAUUUAUAGUACCAUUAUUUUUAACCAAUUAGCGUUUUCGAAUUGAAUGUUUAUUUUAUACGUGCGUGUUGAGUUCUAGUAAUAUUGGAAAAUCAUAUUUGUAUUUAAAUGUAUAACAUAACAUAUAUGAUAACGUUUUAUUUAAAGAACGAAGGUACGUCGACACAUCAUGAAUGGCAAAUUAACCUGUUAAAAAAAACCUGUUACGGCCACAAAUAACGGAACCUUGAAAAUUCAGACAGUUUGAGAGGAGAGAGAAGAAGCAAGCAUAAAUGGAGUGAUAUAAAAAUAACAGUGAUCGUGAAAACGUGAAGCACAUCGGUGCGACAGAGUAGAGAGACGAGUAUUUAUAAAUGUUCCAUUUCAAAAUUAGUACGCUCUGAGUUUACCAUUUCUAUAGAAUCGGAUUACCAUGUCCAUACAACUUUUCCCUAAAAUCGCAGAACUACGAUGCAUAUAAUUAUAUACUCUGAAAA